UUCUACGAAGGGUUAACUGAACACGAACGAGCUCGCCGUAUCCAGAACUACGGUACAUUUGAGGGUGAUCUACAGGCUGUUGAAGCGCGAAAUCCGGCAGGGUCCGACGUAGCAGCAGACUGCUUACAGUGGGUGUCAACACAGUUUCUACUGGUCGCCUGUCAAUCACAUCCUGUUCUGUACACCAUCGGCUUCUUCUGUAUAUGGUCUUUGCUGAUAGUUUACUUUAAGACCAGCUUUGGAUUCUUCUGUCGUAUUGCGUAUCCGUUCUGGCUAAGCUUGAUCAUCUACACAUCAGUGGUGAUCAUCUCGUUGUAUGUGUAUCAGUUCCCGAAUUUUCCUGCCAUCUGGACUAGGUGGACCGGCUUAGACAAGAGCUGGAAUGACGACAUCGGCUUAAUCAACUACAGUAACGUUGGCGAAUCCGGGUAUACUCGUACUCAUUUU